AUGAAUGAGCCUAUUAUUUUAGACUCUGAAGUAAGGCCCGUUAAGAUCCUUCGCAUCCGACCCAGUAUCACAGGAGCGCCGGACUCUUUUGCUUGGCUAGCAACAAAAUCGGGAACAUAUUCUGUUAAAUCAGGAUACUUUGUAGCUGCUACCCUUAGCAAUGCUGAACUCUGGGAGGUGACAGAAGAACAGAGAAUAGAGGAACAGACCCUCUGCAAAGCAAUCUGGACCACCAAAGUCUCUCCUAAGCUACAGCUUUUCCUCUGGAAGAUCACACACGGAGCUCUUCCUCUAGGUGAGAACAUAGCAAAGCGAGGUCUGCUCAAUCACAUCAACUGUCGCCGCUGUGGAGAACUGGAAACAGCUGAGCAUCUCUUCAUCCAUUGCACCUUCUCGCAGCAGAUCUGGGCUCAGAAUAUUUGGAAGCAGGAUUUCGAUCCGACAUCUAUGCCCUCAUUUGCGGCUUUCCUUCUUGCGACAGCAUCACUCACCAACCUUCCACCACUGGGGGUUCAGGAAACUAUAUUCCCAUGGGUUUGUUGGGUUAUUUGGACAGCAAGGAAUCACCUUAUCUUUGAGAACAGAGUGUUUGACCCUGUGGAUACUUUCUCCAAGGCUAUAAGCUCUGCUAGAGAGUGGAACAAUGCUCAGGCCUCCCUGAUAUCUCCUCAAGUACUUCGUAACCCACAAGGACCUCCAUCACACCGAACUCCCACCGAGCUCUCGUGCUUCACUGAUGCUGCUAGGAUAUCGUCGACAAACAGAGCCGGCUGCGGAUGGUACAUCGCCAACACUGAAGGAGACACUUUACUACAAGGGUCCUGCACUUUCAAGUUCAUCUCAUCGGCCCUGAUGGCGGAAGCCCUUGCUAUCCGGUCCGCACUCAUCCACGCUGCAGAAGCUGGAUUUCUCACAAUCUGCAUUAAGUCAGACUGCCAGGCGCUCAUUGCUGCCGUAUCCUCGAAGUGCCACUCGAUUGAGCUCUACGGAAUCAUUCGGGACAUCGAGACUCUAUCUUUUCGCUUCUCUUGUAUUUCCUUUAGCUUCAUUCCUCGCUCCUUGAACUGUAGGGCUGAUACCUUAGCCAAAUCUGUACUGCACUCUCUCCCCAACUAG